AUGGAAACUCAACUUUUGGAGAUCAUCUUGAUCUCUACGCAGGGCAUCAAGCCUCCCUCCAGCAACUUACGACGCAUGCAAACCUAUGUGCUCGCCUGGGUAGACUCAGCCAACAAGCUCCGCACACAAGUGGACCGAGUGGGCGUGGAAAACCCGACCUGGAACAAUAAGUUCAUCUUCCGAGUCAGUUCUGAUUUCCUCGCCUGUGACACCUCCAUCGUCGCCAUCGAGAUCUACGCCGUUGGGGUCAUCCGCGACCAUCUGAUUGGCACCGUUCGUAUCCUAAUUAGCAACUCCCUUCCGGCCGCCGACCUUCGAUCUAGAAACUUCACCGCAAGAUCUCCCUCCCUCACCGCCGUCCAGAUCCGAUGCCCCUCCGGGAGAUUUCAUAGCAUUCUCAACGUAGCUGCGGCAGUGGUCAACACCUCAGACUUCGCCUCAUUGACCGGAUCAUUGGCAAUUGACCACCGCGAUCUAAUGGGACAGAGUCUCCGGUGUCGACGCUGCCACCGGCAACGAACCGCGAAGAGCGAGCAACUCUCGGGCGGGGAAUCCUGUGACCACUCGUGUGCAGACUCCACCGACUACUCGGACGGCGCAGAUUCGACGACUUCCUCUUCGUCAACAGCAUCAACGGUUCACAAGGAUUGUAAUAUAUUGAGAGAGAUGGCGGGAACAAAGGCAUUCAAAUCGGACGAUAGAGGAGUGCUAUGCGGGUUGGGGUUUCAAAGGAAGAUUCAUCUGAGUCCAUUAGAUCAGAAUUUUCAGGUCUUCCCAUCCGAUUGCAAGAAGAUCUGA